ACAUACCGACCUCUGUUCGCCACACUUUUAACUCACGUUGGAGGCCGCCCAGGUUGCCGGCUCUCUCCCCCAGAUCCUUCUGCUUCUCUUUAGGAGAACUAAAACCUCCUUUCCCCCACGGGAACGCCUGUAAAGUGAGUGAUCAAAUGCGUUCGCACAGCUCAUCCAUCUACCACCGUCUUCCACAUCUCUUUGCUUUUGAUGCCGCUUUGUAUCUUGGCGGCAUCAUCUACGCCCUCCAGCACGCUCCUGAGUUAACAGCAUCACCUGCCGUGGAGGUAGUUCUGUCUUCUUCGUGGUGUUUCAUAUCCACUCCGAAGAUAUCCAUUUGGCGCGGGAGUGUCUUUUCCAGUGCUAGCAUCACCGCCUUCUUCUAUUCCAAGGACAAUGAAGGCAGCUGGUUCCGCUCGCUCUUCGUCCAUAAGGUGGACCCCCGGAAGGACGCUCACUCCACCCUCCUGUCCAAGAAGGAGACCAGCAACCUCUACAAAAUCCAGUUUCACAAUGUGAAGCCCGAGUGUCUGGAUGCCUACAACAGCCUGACGGAGGCCGUGCUGCCCAAGCUGCACCUGGAUGAGGACUACCCCUGCUCGCUCGUGGGCAACUGGAACACGUGGUAUGGGGAGCAGGACCAGGCAGUGCACCUGUGGCGCUUCUCCGGCGGCUACCCCGCCCUCAUGGACUGCAUGAACAAGCUCAAAAACAACAAGGAGUACCUGGAGUUCCGGAAGGAGCGGAGCCAGAUGCUGCUGUCCAGGAGGAACCAGAUGCUUCUGGAGUUCAGCUUCUGGAAUGAGCCGCAGCCCCGCGCAGGUCCCAACAUCUACGAGCUGAGGACCUACAAGCUCAAGCCAGGAACCAUGAUCGAGUGGGGGAACAAUUGGGCCCGGGCCAUCAAGUACCGACAAGAGAACCAGGAGGCGGUGGGCGGCUUCUUCUCGCAGAUAGGGGAGCUCUACGUGGUGCACCAUCUCUGGGCCUACAAAGACCUGCAGUCUCGGGAAGAGACCAGAAAUGCAGCGUGGAGGAAGAGGGGGUGGGACGAAAAUGUCUACUACACAGUCCCCCUGGUGCGGCACAUGGAGUCUCGGAUCAUGAUCCCUUUGAAGAUCUCGCCUCUCCAGUGAUGCUGCCGCCGCCGCCUCACUGCCCUUCUCUCUCAGGGCAGCCACGGACAGAGGGGCUCCCAGGCCAGCUGUCUUGUUUUCUCUCUGAUCGGGAAGGACUCUGGGGGCUGGUGCUCAGCUCAGACAACGGGGAGCUGAGGAUGACAGAGGUCUGAGGACUUUGCAGCUCCGCCUGCCCUGCCCAUCCCUUCCCCUGUUCUGGAAGCAGUUUUUAAUUUCUUUGAAUGAAGAACACAACCUUU